AGCCCUCUGCAGGGAUUUGCUCCAGGGUCCGAGUCGAGCUCCUCAUCAGCUGGUGCGUCUGGGCUGGGACAGUGAAAAUGUUUAGUGUCAUUGGCGGCAAAUACCCGUGCAAGGGACCCCAGUAGGCAGGCCGGUGUGCUGGAGGGGCAGGAGGCGAGGAGUGAAGCCCGACACAGGUGUGUGCACGCGCACAGGGGUAGCUGGCCACAUGUGUGCACGCUCUAAGGACAGACUUUAGUUUUGGUUUUUGUUUUGGUUUCUGGGGUGAACUUUUCUGUUGAACACUUUUCCCUCCUAUUUACAUUUUUUUUUCAUUUUUAAAAUUUUGAAUAUAAAAAGUGAAAAGAGUGAGAUCUUUGAAAGGACCGAGGUGAGCAGUGGACACCAGAUGGAUCCCGCGGUCAGCAGCUGCAUGAGGAGCCCCCAGUCCCCCGCCCCCGUCUGGGGCUGCCUGCGAAACCCCCACUCCGAAGGCAAUGGGGCCUCAGGGCUACCCCACUACCCGCCAACCCCAUUCUCCUUCCACCAGAAACCAGACUUCCCAGCCACAGCAACGGCAGCGUACCCAGACUUCUCGGCCUCCUGCCUUGCGGCCACCCUACACAGCCUGCCCCAGGAGGAGCGCCUCUGCACCGAGCAGCACCCCGCCUUCCCGCAGCCCCCCGACUGGCACUUCCCUGUCUCAGAGGCCCGGCGCAGGCCCAACUCAGGCCCACCUGGGGGCUCCAGAGAGAUGGGGACCAGCAGCCCGGGCCUGGUGGAUGCCACAGGAGGCCCAGGCGAGGACUACGGGGUGCUUGGGAGCACUGCCAAUGAGACAGAGAAGAAAUCAUCCAGACGGAAAAAGGAGAGUUCAGACAACCAGGAGAACCGAGGCAAGCCGGAGGGCGGCAGCAAGGCCCGCAAGGAGAGGACGGCCUUCACCAAGGAGCAGCUGCGGGAGCUGGAGGCCGAGUUUGCCCACCACAACUACCUGACCCGGCUCCGCAGAUACGAGAUCGCCGUAAACCUGGACCUCUCCGAGCGGCAGGUCAAAGUGUGGUUCCAGAACCGAAGGAUGAAGUGGAAGCGUGUGAAGGGAGGUCAGCCCAUCUCCCCCCAUGGGCAGGACCCCGAGGAUGGCGACUCUGCAGCCUCUCCGAGUUCAGAGUGAGAUAGAUUUCUGUGGAGAAUACAAAAGACCGAAACUGAGUCCCCUACCCAACUACCUGCACCCCCAUCCCGCCUUCACCUUCUUCCGACUCAUCCCAGGGCAGCCUCUCCACAUCUUGCAUUGACUGACUGUUGGAUACAAAGCUGCCC